UAUAUUCACCAAUAUUUGUACUUCUUGUCAACUCGUUUCCUAAUGAAAAUGAUACAUAUAUUACCACAGUAACCCAGUUUUCAUGAUAGUCUCACUGGAGCAACAGGUCUAAACAUUUAGCUUAAGGGCACAUUGACAAGAUUGCAACCAUAUUUUUGACUGUGCAUUCCACCAAAAAUAUUAGAAUAGAUCCCUAAACAUAUAUAAAUAAUACCACUACCCCAAAAAAAGAACUAUUCUAAAAUGACUUUAGAACAAGGCAUGUAAAUACAAGGCCUAUUUUGCAUGUUUUAUUGCUCAUGCGCAUGACUAAGAUGGUCAACAGAUGAAAGUCAUUUCAAUGUAAGUUCACUGAAAGAGAUGAGUCUUGAGAUGUGUUUUCACAUGUAGGGGAAUUCAUUGCACCACUUACAUACUGUUGAGUAGAAGUGUCACCACCUUGCUGCAGCUGUAUUCUGGCACCUGCAACACGCUGAACCUCCUCAAAUGCACUGACACUGAAGUGUUAUGGAUGUUCACCAGAUUCAGCUGGAGCAUGCACACAAACUCUGACCUGUCCAUCUCGUUGUGGCUACAUGACCACAAACGUAUUCGUAGAUGGCAAAAAAGUGGGCAGCAGCACUACAAAGACUUGCGCAGAUAAUGCUUCAUGUGUAACUGGGAGCAUGAAUUCUGGACAAAGCAAAGUGACCCUCAACUCCCAAUGCUGUACUACAGAUUACUGCAACAAUGUAAAUGCACCAGAUUUGCCACAAAAGCCACUUAACGGGAAGAAAUGUUUCAGCUGCAAUGCCACUACAGACUGCACACGUACGUUGGCUUGUGAGGGUGAUGAGACUCAGUGCUUUAUUACAACAGCUGAGGUUGAUGGUAAGAAUGUGACCACAAAAGGAUGUUCAAGCAGGUUGCUCUGUGGGAACGGAACACUGGCACUGGGAUUACCUGUACAGCCCUAUGGCUUUGGUGCUUACAUGAAAUGUUGUGAGGGAAACCUGUGUAACGGUGCUCAGAGCUUGAGAGUUUAUUUCCUGAUGCUGGUACCACUUCUCUCUCUAUUUGUCUUCUGAUAUUUUAUCUAAUGUAAUGACAUCUAGGCCUAUACAUUUUUUACAUUUAGUUUAAGUGUGUGGCCAGUGUACAUGUUUUUGGAAGCUGACUGAUUGAAUGAGCCUCAGGUGAUCCACAUCAAUGUUAAAAUAAAAGAAAAUAAAAAAUCCAUCUCAAUGGCCCUUUUCGCAGACUGUGAGAGGCAUUUCCACAGUUUAUAACAUCGUAAAUCUAGCAAAGUUUAUAUAUUAUUUAGAAAAAAUUAUUGUACAUUUAUAAGACUAUAUUUUGUGUUAUAUCUGAGUAAAUGCUAAAAUGUGAAAAGGGUCUAUUAAGGAGAUGGAGACCUCUGGUGGUGGUGGAGGGGACUGUAGUAGAUGUGGAAUACUUUUAAAGAUGCUUUCCUUACUCUCCAGACUGUUCAAAAUGAUCUUGUUUUCCAUUUGAGCAUCUUUUUGUAUAUAUCUAUGUCAACUGACUAUCCUCAUGUAAACGGUUUCAUAGCACGACCAUUAACACUAUAGCUGCCAUUAUAUUACAAUACAAGGGUUAACCAGGACUCUCAGCCAACUUAUAGUUUUUUUUUGUUGUUGUUGUUUUUUUAUACAUACAACAAACAACAUCACAACAUCCAUUCAUGACAAAACAAAAAACAACAACAGAAAUCCUCUAUAUAAUCCAGUACUUUAGAAAAAGAACACUGACACCAGCUCGGCUCCAUCAAUUUGUGCCGCUGUACAUUAAUGAGACAUAAACUUGGCUUAACCAUAUAAUCAGUUUGUAGUAAUGAGGAUAAAACAAAGUUUACAUGUGUCCGUAGAUUGUUAACAGAACAGGACACUCCCCAAACAUAUGAAGAAAACUACCUGCUGAUGCAGUAUUACAGAAAUGGCAGUUGUAAUUUGGUUGUAGUUUCAUUUUAAAUCUUUUGCAAGGAAUUAUUAUACAUGCUCUAAGAAUAACUUUGAAAUAUAUAAGACGAUGAGCCAAGUUUUUAGAGGUUAAACUGAGGUAAGACCACACUUUCUCCAAAGUCGACAGAUAAAUUAAAGUCAGAUAAUUCCAGACUCCAAACAGAUUUGUCAGAGAAAGGUAUUGUAAUGCGAUCAACAAUUCCACCACACGCCAAGAUGGUCGACCAGAAUAUGGCGCAAUCCAAUACCGCACAGAAAUAAAAAUGUAAUUAAAUAAAAGUAGCACAAAAAUAAAGGAACGACAAACAACUUUGAACAAGAACCAAAACAGACUGCACAUUACCGAGAAUAUAGCCUAGGUCUGCCUAAAAAUUAAAAAAAAAAAAAAAAAAAAAACUGUAAAAUGUUUUGAUGCUUGACCUUUCCACUCCAACGCAAACCAUGUCCCCAAAAAGCCCACACUAUCAAGAACUAGUAAUCAAACCUUCUCUCCAUUAACUCCAAGAAAAGAUUUCAAAGCUUAUCAGUCACUAGACAAGUUUGCAGGAUAGAAGAUCAUAGCAGAAACUUAAGUGUCCAUGUCCACCUUGUUAUUCUCCUCUAGCCAACCUAUAGUUUCACGUAAAAUCUGGGUUAAAAUAAAAUGUUAUAAAAACAUUUUAAAUGGGUAAUAUCAUAGAAAAAGUUAUUUAUUGAUUUGAAAUGAAUUCAGAAACUAAAAGUGGCCAUUUCCAUAAGAAAAUGUGACAUUAAAAAGGUAAGGAAAAAACAACAACAACAACAACAACAACUGUGUCCUGACAGUAAAAAAUAUCAGUAGAGAGACUGAAGAAGCUUAUGGAUUUGUUUGACCUUUACCAACAUUGAUCCUUGUAGCCAUACAAGUAAACUGCUAUGAUUGUAGCAUUAUUUGAUAAAGAAAGGUUUCAAUG